AUGGAAGAUGCGCAGGGUAGUUCCGCUGAAGUUGUUAGAUCAGAAGGGUCAGGUGCAGAGCUACCCCCUGCAUCCUCACAGGCAGGAGCACUCGGAGAGGCUGGGAAUGGGCACCCAGCAGAGAAUCUUCCAGAAUCUGCAGGCACUGUACAGUCAGAGGAGGGCUGCCAGCAGCAGUCUUCUCAGGAGCAGUCGUGUUUAGCACCAGGGGAACAACCUGAGAAAGGACUGGGCAACCAAGAACCAGUUGAAAGUAACAACCAAGAUGCAUUUGAGCCAGGUGCCCCAUUCAGCGCAUCACCUGAGAGCCCAUCUGUUAGCAGUGAGAAUUACAGUGCUUCACCUGAAGUAAGAAAUUCAGAAAAGGAAGAACAAUCUUCUCAAAACUCAGUACUACCAGAGAAUACAACAAGUGGGACAGUAACAGAAAGCAAUAUUGAGGAUAAUGAAACACUUAGGAGGCCUGGACCUAACUUUGAUGAAAAUAUUCAGUCUGAUGAGUUAUGUCUUGAUCAUGAACGUUUUCCUGGGGCUGUGUUUCAACAGGAUUACCACAUGCCUGAUGUCAUAACUGUCAGAGUAGAAACAGAUUCUGAUUCAUUCCGAGAAGUAGUUGUAAAAGUUGAAAGACCUACCUAUAACAAACCUUUUCUGGGUGGAUUUAGGAACAUGGUAACAGGAGUGGAAUUUCAUAAUGCAGAAUCACAAACAAGACCCAAAAAACGACCUGACAAAGGAAUUCAGUUAUUUUGCAGGGAAACACAGACAGUUUUGGUAAAAAAUAAGCCACAACAAACAAAAAAUACAACAUCAACACAGAUGACUAAAAUUGGCCUGUAUGUGUCAAACGUGACUGACAAACUAAUAAGUCCUGGAAAGUAUGUUACAGCAGAAGAAUACCAUAAACGAAGACUUGAAGCAGUAAUAGUAUUGCAGAAAUACUUCCGUCGCUGGCAUGCUAUAAAUGUAGUACAAAAUCUGAGGGAAGAAAAGAGGUUAAGGCUGGAGCAGAAGGCGCAAGAAGAAUUGCAGAGAAAAAAGGUGAAAGAACAAAAAUUGAAAAGCGAGUAUGAGCGAAAACGGAACCCUAAAACACAGGAAGACUUUGAGCUGCUAUACCAUGACUUGGAAUUAUGGCUGCAGGUGGAGACUGAGUGGAUUAACAGAACUCUUACUGGAGCUGAAAGAAAGGCAGCACUUUGUGCACUUCUGGAACAAGAGGCAAAGCUGAUUGCUUGCAUCGGGAGACACAAACUAAAGGCACAGAAGGAGAAUGAACAAAAAGCAAUACUGCUCUUUCUGGAUAAGGUCAGUGAUUAG